GCAACUGAAUGUGCUGUACCAGGCCGCCUCAUGUUUCAGUCGCUACGAUAAUCGAGACAUCGCGAUACACGUAUAUCCUUCUAAUGCACUACUCAUAAGUGAAAAACGCAUUUGCAAACAAAUUUGGUUUUGCGAAAGACUCACCUGGAACAUAGCUCAAUCUAUUGCUUACGGUGUUUUUAAGCAACUGAAUGUGCUGCAUCAGGCCGCUCCAUGUUUCAGGCGGUACGAUAUUCGAAAUAUCACGAUACGUACAUGCAUUCCCCGAGUUUCCGUCAACCUUAUGUUCUACUUGAACACCAGUUGCACGAACUUAGCGAAAUACUCUUGUUUGCAUACCAAUUUGGUUCUGAUGGGAGACUCACCUGAAACCCAGCUGAAUCUCACGUUCAUGAUGUUUCAGGUAGAGGGUGCAGGACAUUCGAGGAAAUCUGCGACAAACUGUGUGAAUACCAGGUUGCUGAGAAUUUGUCAACAGCCCACGACCGGUUUCGCCCUUCUUGCGGCUCUUCGGGUAACUGAAUGUGCUGCACCAGGUCGCCUCAUGUUUCAGUUGAUACGAUGUUCGAUGUAUCGCGAUAAAUGUGAGUCUCUCACAGAACUAAAUGAGUUUGCAAAUGAGUGUAUAUUCGCUAAUUUCUACAAUCAGUUCAUCAAAGUGUUUGUUCGUCCAGCGUUUGCCGGUGGGGUGGCGAUAACAUGUUCGUCUUGCAAAUCAGAAUUCCGAGGUGGUCAGUGUUAUGCGAAGCCAACGAGCUCUGAUAAAACCGAAAUUCGGGUUCAGCGCUUCCAUCGUGUGAACCAACAAGAAUAUUAUUGGCGCCAGGAUAAAAAGCUGUUCACACAAGAAUA